AUGGCUCAAAAACUUUUAUUGAUCGCUCAAUCUAAAAUUGCAUUAGUUAAAUAUGGAGAUGGUUACGGGCCACCGCCCACGGCAUCAGAUGUUUAUACCGGAACAAAUGCUGAUCCAGCAGCAGUUUCAUUGGGUUAUUUUGGUAUGGGAGCAUAUCCACCGGUUGCUACCGCACCACCAACAAUGCUUGCUGAUCCGCUCAAUGAACGAAUGAAACGGGAUAAGGAAGCAAUUUAUAAUCAUCCAUUAUUUCCAUUACUAUCGUGCCUUUUCGAGAAAUGCGAGUUAGCAACGUGUACACCACGAGAUCAAAAUAGUUCAGCAACGACAAGUUCAACGUCAACAUCCUCAACAAAUGACGUUUGCUCAUCGGUUUCAUUUAAAGAUGACCUUGCCGAUUUUGCCAAAAUGGUACAAAGUGAGAAGCCAUAUUAUGUGCCAAAUCCUGAAGUUGACACAUUGAUGUUGCAAUCAAUUCAAGUCCUUCGUUUCCAUUUAUUAGAGCUGGAAAAGGUACACGAAUUAUGUGAUAAUUUUUGUCACCGGUAUGUAACCUGUUUAAAAGGUAAAAUGCCAAUGGAUAUUGUUGGUGAGGAACGUGCAAGCAGUUCACAAACACCUGUUUCACCUAGUACCGCUGCUCCUUCAUCUAGUCCCUCGAUGAGUACACCAAUUGGUUCACAAUAUCAGCCAACUCCUUAUGAGCCACAAUCUGUGCCAUUACCCGAAAAUACGACAGCAGUUUCAUCCGGACAUGAUGUAAGUAUUUUAUUUGUCUGUUGA